AGGGGGUCUGGGUGGGUGCCCCUCUGCAGGUGUCGCUGGGAGCUGCCGUGGGAGCAUGUGGCCAGCAGACAGCUCCAGCCAAGGAUGGAGCCUCCUGCCCGCGGCUCUGCUCCUGUCUCUUGGCCGCUGACCUGCCUGGUGCUGCUCUCCCUGCCCAGCUGGCCAGGUGUGGGUGCCCAGUACAGUCAACCCUUCAGGCUGCAGCAGCCCCAGGAGCAGCUGAAAACAACAGCAGGGCAGACGAUCACCCUGAACUGCACCACGUCUGGAAGUGGCCCCGUUGGCCCUGUGAAGUGGGUGAAGGGCUGGGGCAGUGAGAGCAAGACCAUCUAUGACCAGAGGAGCCCCAGCUCCCGUGGGAUGAUGGUGGUGGAUCAAUCCAACAAGGACUUCAGCAUCCACAUCAGAGACGUCCAGCCCCAGGACGCUGGCACCUAUUACUGUGUGAAGUACAAGAGGUCUGUGAGCCAAGGUGAUACUCUUCAGGUCUACCAGCGUGGAAAGGGCACAGUGGUGUCUGUACACGCCAAACCCAGCGCCCCGGUGGUGUCCGGGCCCGAGCAGAGGGCAGGCACAGGGGAAUCGGCGACCUUCACCUGUGAGACUGGAGGCUUCUUCCCCGACAGCAUCAGCGUGAGGUGGCUCAAGAACCAGGCUCCCGUCUCGGCUCAGCAGCCGCACAUCAGCCCCGGGCAGGGCAACUCCUCCUACAGCCUGUCCAGCAGGGUGACGCUGCUGCUGCAGCCGGAGGACGUCCGCUCGCAGCUGGCCUGCGAGGUGCAGCACCCCACGCUGCCGGCCCCGCUGAGGGGCACCUACCAGCUGCGGGAAGCCCUGCGAGUCUCGCCCAGCGUCCGCCUGCUCCCCGAGCCCAGCUCCGUCGAGCUCAACCGGACGCUGAACUUGAGCUGCCACGUGGAGGGCUUCUACCCGCGGGAGGUGGCUGUCAGCUGGCUGGAGAACGGCAGGGAGCUGAAGGCGGAGAACAGCUCCCGGGCGGUGCAGACCCCGCGGGGCUUGUUCAAGCUGAGCAGCCUGCUGGAGGUGCAGGCGACGGAGGAGAAGAACGGCUCGGUGCUGGCCUGCCGGGUGCUGCACGACGGCCAGGAGCCGGUCAGCAGGACGCUCACCCUCUGGGUCGCUGUCCCAGCCAAGGAGGGGAUGAGCGACUGGGACACAGCAGAUAACGGCAAUCUGCUCACCAUCUAUAUCGUGGUGGGGGUGGUCUGCACUGUGCUGGUCCUGCUGGUGGCUGCCAUCCUGUACCUCAUCCACACAAAGCAGAGCAAGGCAGGUAAAAGCUCCCCAUCUGCCAGGUUACACGAGCCGGAGAAGAGCAGCGAGGCCACUACUCAGGAGUCCGACCCCAACAACCUGACCUACGCGGACCUGAACUUCGAGAAGGAGAGGAAGAGCAUCCGGAGGAUGGUGGAGCUGAGCCAGCAGUCUGAGUAUGCCUCCAUCCAGAGCAGCCAGGCCCCCAGCGCCGACGACAACCUCACCUACGCCGACCUGGACAUGGUGCACCUCAACAAGGCGCCCAAGCGCCCGGCCCCGCGCCCCGAGGAGGCCAGCUCCGAGUAUGCCAGCGUCCAGAUCUCCAGGAAGUGAGGGGGCUGCAGGGCCCUCCCCACCCUGCCCCUGCUCCUCCCCGGGAGGAGCUCCUUGGAAGCACGGAGGGGGCUGUGGAGCUGAGUUGUGGUCACUACCGUCUUCUGGAUGGAGGUGGAGCUGCGAGGGUCAGUUCCAUCCUCACAGACCUGACCUGGGGGUCGCUUUGCUCCUGGGGGCUGCCAGCUCCAUCUCUCUGGCAUCCCCCCCAGUGGCACGGGGGUUGUUCAGCCUCCGUGUGCCAGGGCUGCAGCAGCUCCUCGGGAAGCUCCAGCUGGGCUGAAGGGACAAGGACAGUGCCUCCAUGUCAGCCCCCGUGGGGAUGCUGCUGUCUGGCCGUGCCCACACAGCUCCCUGCCGCCACCCCGACCCCACGGGGACCAGCAGGGGUCCCCACACUGCCUUCUGGGGCUCUUUGCCGUCUGGAAAACAGAACUCUGGCUUUAAAGGCAGGCCCCAGGUGUCUGCCUCUCCUUCCCAAGUGUCCCUUCCGCGGGACCUCGGUCUCGCACCAAGGCCAAGGAAGCUGGGAAGUGGUGAAGGUGGAGGCUUGGUGGGGCUGGGAACUCUGAUGAGGCUGGAAGGCUUGGUGAGGCUGGGGAGCUGGUGAAGGUGGAGGCUUGGUGAGGCUGGGAAGCUGGUGAAGGUGGAGGCUUGGAACUUUGUCAAGGCUGGGAAACUGCUGAGGCCGGGAGGCUUGGUGAGGCUGGGAAGAUGGUGAAGGUGGGAGGCUUGGUGAGGCUGGGAAGUUUGUCAAGGCUGGGAGUCUUGGUGAGGUUGGGAAGCUGGUGAAGGUGGGAGGCUUGGUGAGGCUGGGAACUUUGUCAAGGCUGGGAAACUGCUGAGGCUGGGAGGCUUGGUGAGGCUGGGAAGUUUGAGGCUGGGAAGUUUGAGGCUGGGAAGCUGGUGAAGGUGGGAGGCUUGGUGAGGCUGGGAAGCUGGUGAAGGUGGGAGGCUGGGAAGCUGUCAGGCUAAGCCACCCUUCUGCAGGUUGUCCCCCUGGGAAGCCCCAGGCAGAGCUCUCCAGCACCAAGCAAUCCUUCUCCUCAUCUUCCUCUGCGCAGCCUCGCCCAGCCCCAGGAGCCUGUGCCAGGCUUGUACAAAGCAUGGGGGUGGCCCUGCCAGCCUGGCCCCGCCUGGCAGCUCCCCGCAGGUACCAUGUGAGAUGUUUUGACUCUUUGCCAUCUAACUGUUAAUUUGUAGAGCUCAACCCCCCCCAGCGUUUCGUGCCGUGCGUGGGUGUGCUGCUGUGUACUUAACACUAGGCUCAGAUGUGUGGAGUUAGACCCCCCCAAACCCUGCAGAGUUCCAAAAGACUCACACGACCACCACCCCCACCACGACCCCCUCCCAAGCUCUGCCAUGGGGCCAGGCAGGCUCCCACUUUCUCCCCCCCCCCUGCCCCCGCCUCCCCCAGCCUACCCACCGUGGGCACAAGUGUCUUCCACGUGCCCCCUGCGUGGGCCAGCACCCUGUGAUGGCACCCACAGCACCUGGGUGGCCUUAAGAGCAGUGGGUACAGGAGGCUGGCCCCCUGCCAUGGCUGUUUGUGGGGGGUCCGGGGGGGGGGGGGGAGGGGCUGUGAUUGUGACUGCUUGUACAGAAUUCUUCUCUUUUUGGGGGGGUUUGUUUCUUUUUGUUUCUUUCUUCUUCUUCUUCUUUUUGCUUGCAAGAUAUUUUUAUAAUAAAAGUGAGAGGUCCUGUGGUGCUCCUGCA